CUCCAGCUAGUGUCCGUUUCGGGCGGGUCCUCCUGCAGGCAGCACCAUGGAGCACCCUCCGGAGGAAGGCUCCGGCUCCGGCCCCGGCCCCGGCCCCGCGGAACAGCCCCCUGCGCCCUCCGACCCCUCGGAUCAGCCCCCUGCUGCACCCACGAAACCAGACCCGGGUUCUGGGGUCCCCCCCGGUGGGCCGGGCGCGGCAAGCGAGGCCCUGGCGGUGCUGACCUCGUUCGGGCGGCGGUUGUUAGUGCUGGUGCCCGUGUACCUGGCCGGGGCGGCGGGGCUCAGCGUGGGCUUCGUGCUUUUUGGCCUCGCCCUGUACGUGGGCUGGCGCCGGGUCCGCGACGAGAAACAACGGAGCCUGCGGGCGGCCAGGCAGCUCCUGGACGACGAGGAACGGAUCACGGCCAAAACGCUCUACAUGAGCCAUCGAGAGUUACCUGCCUGGGUCAGCUUCCCAGAUGUGGAAAAGGCGGAAUGGCUAAACAAGAUUAUGGCUCAAGUGUGGCCUUUUCUGGGUCAGUACAUGGAGAAGCUUCUGGCUGAAACUGUGGCCCCGGCUGUUCGGGGAUCUAACCCACAUCUUCAGACAUUCACAUUUACACGAGUGGAAUUGGGCGAAAAACCAUUACGCAUCAUAGGAGUCAAGGUUCACCCUAGUCAGAGAAAAGAUCAGAUCCUACUGGACUUGAACAUCAGCUAUGUAGGUGAUUUGCAGAUUGAUGUGGAAAUAAAGAAGUAUUUCUGCAAAGCAGGAGUCAAGGGCAUGCAGCUACAUGGUAUCUUGAGGGUGAUUCUCGAGCCGCUCACUGGGGACCUUCCUAUUGUGGGAGCUGUGUCAAUGUUCUUUAUCAAACGUCCGACCUUAGACAUCAACUGGACAGGAAUGACCAACCUGCUGGAUAUCCCAGGACUUAGCUCUCUCUCUGACACAAUGAUCAUGGAUUCCAUCGCUGCCUUCCUUGUGUUGCCCAACCGUCUACUGGUGCCCCUUAUGCCUGACCUUCAAGACGUGGCCCAGUUGCGUUCCCCUCUGCCCAGGGGCAUUAUACGGAUUCACCUGCUGGCAGCUAGAGGGCUGAGUUCCAAGGACAAAUACGUGAAAGGCCUGAUUGAGGGCAAGUCAGACCCCUAUGCACUUGUGCGUGUCGGCACCCAGACAUUCUGCAGCCGUGUCAUCAAUGAGGACCUCAACCCUCAGUGGGGAGAGACUUAUGAGGUCAUGGUACACGAGGUCCCAGGGCAGGAGAUCGAGGUGGAGGUGUUUGACAAGGAUCCAGAUAAAGAUGACUUUCUAGGCAGAAUGAAGCUGGAUGUAGGGAAGGUAUUACAGGCUGGAGUACUGGAUGAUUGGUACCCUCUCCAAGGUGGGCAAGGCCAGGUUCAUUUGAGGCUAGAAUGGCUGUCACUGUUGCCAGAUGCAGAAAAACUGGAGCAGGUCCUACAGUGGAAUCGGGGCAUCUCCUCUCGACCAGAGCCCCCGUCAGCUGCCAUCCUGGUGGUCUACUUGGAUCGUGCCCAGGAUCUUCCUCUGAAGAAAGGAAACAAGGAACCAAACCCUAUGGUACAACUGUCAAUUCAGGAUGUCACUCAGGAGAGCAAGGCUAUCUACAACACCAAUUGUCCAGUGUGGGAAGCAGCUUUUCGGUUUUUCUUGCAAGACCCUCGAAGCCAGGAGCUUGAUGUGCAGGUGAAGGAUGACUCCAGAGCCCUGACUCUGGGGGCGCUGACCCUGCCUCUGGCUCGCCUCCUGACCGCACCAGAACUCACUAUGGACCAGUGGUUCCAGCUCAGUGGCUCAGGCCCAAACUCCAGGCUCUACAUGAAACUGAUCCUGCGGAUCUUGUAUUUGGACUCGUCACACAUCUCCUUCUCCACUAUGCCCAGUGCUUGGGAUGCAGACGGUGAGAGCCCUCAGAGAGGCAGCAGCGUGGAUGCUCCGCCUCGGCCCAGUCACACGACUCCUGACAGCCACUUUGGCACUGAGAAUGUACUUCGGAUCCAUGUGUUAGAGGCUCAGGAUCUGAUUGCCAAAGACCGUUUCUUGGGGGGACUGGUGAAGGGGAAGUCAGACCCCUACGUCAAGCUGAAGGUGGCAGGAAGGAGCUUCCGGAGCCACGUUGUUCGGGAAGAUCUCAACCCCCGCUGGAAUGAGGCUUUUGAGGUGAUUGUCACAUCAGUUCCAGGCCAGGAGCUAGAUGUUGAGGUCUUUGACAAGGACUUGGACAAGGACGACUUUCUAGGCAGGUGUAAAGUAAGUCUCACCACAGUCCUCAACAGUGGCUUCCUUGAUGAGUGGCUAACCCUGGAGGAUGUCCCUUCUGGCCGCCUGCAUUUGCGCCUGGAGCGUCUGACCCCCAGGCCCACUGCUGCUGAGUUAGAGGAGGUGCUGCAAGUGAACAGUCUGCUGCAGACUCAGAAGAGCUCAGAGCUGGCAGCAGCCGUGCUGUCUGUCUACCUGGAACGGGCAGAGGGCCUGCCGCUCCGGAAAGGUACCAAGCCUCCUAACCCUUACGCCACCCUCACUGUGGGAGAGACUUCCCAUAAAACCAAGACUGCUUCCCAAACAUCAGCCCCUAUCUGGGAUGAGAGUGCCUCCUUUCUCAUCAGGAAGCCACAUACUGAGAGCCUGGAGUUACAGGUUCGUGGUGAGGGGAGUGGCAACCUGGGCUCCUUAUCCUUGCCCCUCUCAGAGAUCCUCCAGGCAGACCGGCUCUGUGUGGACCAUUGGUUUGCUCUCAGCAAUGGUCAGGGCCAGGUGUUACUGAGAGCACAGCUAGGGAUCCUGGUGUCCCAGCAUUCUGGAGUGGAAGCCCAUAGCCACAGCUACAGCCCCAGCUCCUCUUCUCUGAGUGAAGAGCCAGAGCUCUUAGGGGGACUGUCUCACACCACCUCCUCAGUCCCAGAGCUCCGGCAUCGCCUCACCCAUGGUGACAGUCCCUCUGAGGCUGCCAUUGGGCCUCUGGGCCAAGUGAAGCUAACAGUCUGGUACUACAGUGAAGAACAAAAGCUUGUCAGCAUCGUUCACAGCUGCAGGGCCCUGCGACAAAGCGGAAGAGAUCUCCCUGAUCCCUAUGUGUCGCUGUUGCUACUGCCAGACAAGAGCCGAGGCACCAAGAGGAAGACCUCCCAGAAGAAGAGGACCCUCAACCCUGAGUUCAGUGAGCGGUUUGAAUGGGAACUUCCCCUGGAUGGAACUCUCAAGCGAAAGCUAGAAGUCUCUGUGAAAUCCAAUUCCUCCUUCAUGUCAAGAGAACGUGAGCUUCUUGGUAAGGUGCAGCUGGAUCUCUCUGAGAUGGACCUUUCCCAGGGUGCAGCCCAGUGGUAUGACCUGAUGGAUGACAAAGACAAGGGCAGCUCCUAGAAGCUAGCAGUGACCAGCCUGACUUCGCUGCCUUCUUGCCUCGCGUCUUACCGCACCACCGCCUCGAUGGGAUGAGGCUACAGCUAGGGCUCCGGCGCUGAGCCCGUCGCUCCAGCCUUUUGCCUUCCAGGCCCACACUCGGGCCUUUGCCUAACCAAAGAGAAGGACUACGUGUUACCCUUUACUGCACGGCCUUUAUCCCACAGGCUCCUCGGGCAGGGGUCUGAGCUGCCUCUUUCCUGCUCUGCCUGCACAACUGUGCUCUCUUCCACCCAACUCCUCAGGGCCUUCUGUACCUGUGCCUGGCCACUGGCAGCACCAGCAGUGGCAUUAGCUCAUGCCAAACACAGCCUUUAGAAAGAGUUUUUUUUUAAAAAAAGUAAUAAAACCACGGAAUGCUU